CAACGUAAAAUGUAAUGUAAUAAAAACGUAAAAUGGAAUUCUCUUUUUGUUAAACGGAAUUGUAUUUGUUAAAUAAAGUUGUUGGGAGCUGGGGGGAAAAAAGCAUGGGCGUGGCUUUGUCAUGUGACCUGUUGUUACCAUAAGUAGCUGUAAUAUUGAAUGGGCGGGAAGUUCGAAGUUCAGCGAAUUCUUCAAUUUUAAAAAUAAUUCUUUCAAUAAAUAAUCCGCUUUCUCGUGUGUAUUGUGUUCACCGCGAAGUACCAGGAUGGCGGACAAACAUCUUGUGCAGGAUUUGAAACUUUGGGCGACGGAGGAGUUCAAUUUCCCCCCAGAGAGUCUGCCGCCGGACUCCUACUUAAAAACACUUUGUGCUGGGAGAGGAAGGUCCAUUUGGAAGUAUAUCAUCAAUCACGUUUUUCAACAAAGAACUGUGAAGCUCAGGCGAGGCAAUCUUCACUGGUACAAAAUGCUUCAAGACAAUGAGGCGAAGCAACGUGAGGGCCAGAGCGUGGCUGCUAAAAAGAGCGAGCUUCAGAGCAAGAUUGAGCAACUCAAAAGUGAGAUUGGUCAUCUGGACUCUGAGAUCAGAGCAACUGAGGAACAACUGGUCACGCGAGAGCGGUCCAUCAGUUCUACCUGGGCUCAGGUGGAGGACAGUCAGGAAAGGAAUAUCUUUCUCCAGGCCUUCAAGCAGAGCUGCGUGUCAGGUCGCAAGAUGCUGUCAAGUGACAUUCAAGAGAUCAAUGGCUACUGUCAGGAUCUGGAGCAGAUGGCCAGGAAAGCAGAGGUUGAGGUGCUGUUUGAGAAUCAGCUUCCCAGCAACUGUGAUGUUGACGCACUGCUCUUCAAAUCUCCAGUGGAAGCACAAGUCCUGCGUCAAGUGAGAAAACUGUGUAACGACAGAGUCCAUUUUUAUCAGUCUUUACAAGAGAGUGAAUUGAAAACGGCAGACUUUGGACGUAUGACUGGUGGGCAAAGGUCUGCUGUGUUUCAGUACUGGUUAAAUGGUGUUGUGAACCUGAUGGAUGUUUACCCACCAAAACACAUCCUCGCUGCUUUGCAACAUUUGGCUUCCGAAGAGCAGAAGGCACUGGAUGCGAAAGUCUCCUCUCUGGAUGUCACUCAGGAUGUGAAAGCUCUUGGGUUCCGUUAUGAAAGCAAUCUUCUCCUCGACAUAUCGGCAGAAGACGAUGACGACUUGCCGCCUGAGGCCCUAUUACAGGCUGCAAGGCAAGAAGUAAAGGAGCGUUUUGAUGAAUUAUCGCAGACUCACUCCAGAGUACAGCAACUCCACAUCCAGCUCUUGGCUUGCAGGCAACAGGCUGAACAGAAGGUGUCGAGCCUUGUUGAUGACCGCAAAAAUGACGCAUUGGCACUGUCAGUUUUGGAUUUGGAGCUUCAGUGUGUAAUGAAGGCUGCAGUCAGGGAUCAUAUUCGAGAGUGGUGCAUCCAGGUGGACCAGGAUGCCAGAGGCCAACAGGAGUCGCUCCGCAAACUUCGCAGCCAGCGGCAGACCAUUGUGGACUUCAGACAACAAGUGGUCCAAAGACAGGAACAGAUUACAAGUCUGAUUAAAGGAAAUUCGUCAGCUAAGACUGAAUUGAUCCGGAUGCAUGAGGAGCUACAGGACUUUUUGAAGAGCAAGUUGUUGCCCCAGUGCCAAGAUGUCACCGCUGCUGCCAACAGUAUAAGGAACUCUAUCUCAAAGGAAGUUAGACAGAUGGGCAACAUUUCGCUUCAAGCUCUGGAUCGGAGGACCGUUGAUGGAAUCCAGAGAAUUCCGUCAUUGUGGCUGUCCAUCCAUCGCUUGCAGUCGCCGACUUUCAGCAGCCUGUGUCAGAACAUGGUGUUCCCUCUCUACAGGGCUCCAGAAGAGUUGUGUGCCCAGGCGUACUGCGACCAGCUCGAGAGGCGUUUUCUCUCUCAAUUACUACAACUGCACUCUACCACCCUGCGGAAGUCCGAGGAGGAGGCGGCGCAUCUACUUGCAUCCGAUCAGAACGCCUUGCUGUCCAGAGUCAAAGAGGAAGAUAAAAAACUUUUGAAGUCUUUGGUGCCAAGGGCCAGAAUUCUUACCCAAAAAUGUGCCGAAGGUCUUUCUUAUGGAGAGACGGUUCAAAUGGCCAUUUCUGACUGGUGGGAUCAGCCAGCCCAGCAUGUCCUACCUGAUGUCCAAAAGAGAGGAUUGACUUUUCAACAGUGGCGAGAGAGGUGGAAUCUAGCCAAAGCCUAGAUUAGCUGUGUCGAAGCGACGGCCUGGGGGCCAUUUGCAGAUCUGCCAUCCACUUUUCAGCUGUCUGCAACACAUCCUAAAAAUUACAUUUGACAUGGCCCACAAGGCUAGUUAAAAAAAAAAAAAGAUUGGAAAUUUGAAGAGUGAGAAGAGAGGACGCUGUAUAGCAUUUGUAGAUAUAUAAAAAUGACAAUUUAGGAUUAAAAUUAAACAAUUUCUCUUCAAAGCACAGUUUCAAACAAAGAUUCAAUUUUAGAAGCAAAAAUUGUUUCUUCCUCUUUGUGCUCUGUGUCCUGGUCUGACUUAUGAACAUUAUGCAUCCAUCCAUCCAUUUUCAACACCACUUAUUCUGAACAGGGCCACUUGAGCUCAGCUGACUUCAGGCAGAAGGUGGAGUACACCGCACAUAGAGAGACGAACAGCCAUUCACACCUACAUCCCCCGUCAUUGAGUGUGAUCUGAUCUCACGCUGCCUGCUCACAAGUUAAGCGAGUGAACCACGACACCAUCAGCGACCUUAUGUACAUUAAUGAUCCUCAAGCUACUGUUUAAAAAAUGGUGAGCCGACUCCAGUUUUAGUUCUGAGUGUGGAGAUGUAUUCUGUUGCUGUAUAGUGCAGGGGUGGAUCUAGUGUAAUGAGAUGCAUGGUCGAAGUCAUCCAAAAUUUGGGAAAAAAUCCUACACUCUGUGCCUUAUCACUUAUAACAGAAAGCUGUUAAGUUGCAGUUUUUCAAAAUAACCAGAACAUAUAUAAACCAUAAGUAAUUUAUUGUUUAAGUGGUUUAAUAUAUUUCAAAGAAUUUCCAAAGGGCCCUUGCAUCCUUCCGUUUUUCUGUUUCCUUCAAAUAAAGGAAAGUUUGAACACCCCUGCUGAAGAUAGCAUUUUAAAGUGGUUGACAGAGUUGUUUUAAAAAAGUGCACAAGAGGUCGUAAUUCUGACAUUAGAUGUUUCAUCGUCGGUUGUUCUGUCUCUGUUGUGCUAAUAAAUAUACGUUGAUCGUU